AUGGAAAGACAACCUGAAAUAAUUCUCCAGUGCCACGAGGAGAGCAAGAUUGUUUGGUUUCCAGACUUGAUUGACAACUCUCUGCGGUCAUCUGUAUUGUCGGUUGAUAAAUCCAACGAAAUAGAUAAUAGAUAUUCUCCUUUAAAUGAUAACCUGUUCCUUGAAAAUUUUAUUAUUCGAGAUUCAAAAGGGUUUUUAACACAUUUAGAACGCGAGUUACGCCCGAUACCAAAAUUCUAUGCAUUAGUGACGCCAAUAAAUAUAUCAAGUGAUGGAACUGUUACCACUAAAGAUGCCAACACAAUUAUCGAUAUAGAUGCAAGCAAUUCUUUUGUACAAGGCGAAGUUAAGAAGCCUGUAAGACAAAGACAAAGAAAGGCUAGUGCAAAGGCCGGUAAAAAUAAAAGUUUGACUGAAGAAAAAACAGAAAAUCAUGAACCAACUCGUAGGUUGACAAAGAAGCAAACAGCAUCGAACGGAGAAACUAAGACAAGAAAAAGAUUAAAGACAAAUUUUAUUGCUGAAGACGAAAUGUCCACGAUGAUUUUGGGAUAUGAAAAUAAAAGCAAUAAAAAUCACGAAAGUGUUGACAUCAUAGAAACUGGAACAAGGAGACGAACAAAAGCCGUAUCAACUAAAAAGCGGACUACAUCCACCAACAAGAGGGUCACGCAGAAGGUCGUUUGUGAUCUUAACUCUUCUCUAUUUACUUCAAAUUUGUCAUCUUUGUCAUCAAGUGGCGAAUCUCUUUGUGAGGACCUUAACUCUCUUGACCCUGAGUCUCUUACUGGCAUUUCUUCCAAAAAAUCUUCUACAUCAUUGCCUCCGACACCGGUUAAAGCAGGUAGCUUGAGUAUGAUAUUAAAUUUUGAUAAUAUUUCACUUGAGCCGGCGCCAGCGGCUUCAAUGCCUAUUUCUUUGCCUUAA